AUGUUGGAAUUGAACAGCCGUCUCUGGUACAGCAAUAGCAACAAGAAUGUCAUCAAUGCAAAGCCUAAGCGCUUGGAUCCACUCAAAGAUUCAGGCAUAAAUCAAAAGCGGUCUGGACGUUGUCCAAAAGCAAAUCCAAAAGGUAGCGUGGACAAACAAAUCCAACUCAAUAUCGCACUUGUAGCCCCAGAGAUUGUUCAGCGCACAUCCGACCUUUCCUUUCCACUUGGAAAGAGAGGAGCUUUGGCUACCGGGCCAGAGAUGGAGUGA